AUGAAAAGCUUGAAACGUACAGUCGAUCUCAAGACUAAUAGCAUAUCAAAUAAAGUGUUUGUCAGGACUACGAGGAACGGCAAAGUCCAGAAGGUUGUGAGAGAGUUGUAUCUAAGACAAGAUAUCCCGUGCUCAUCUCAGUUGUGCUCAUCAUGCUUGGCCAAUGUAUCAACAGAUGCAAGCGGAAAAGCAUUCCCAUUUGUUCUCUCGAGAAGCCCCACAAGUACCAACAAAUUUCGCCAGGGACAUUAUCUUGUACCGGAUACGAAUGCUUUACUGAAUGGCAUUGAUCUCUUUGAGCAAUCUGCUAGUUUCUGUGAUGUGAUUGUUCUGCAAACUGCGUUAGAAGAACUACGUAAUCGCUCUCUUCCUCUGUACAACCGCGUUAUUGCCUUGACUAGGAGCGAUGAUAAACGUUUCUACUUAUUUUUCAAUGACUUCCGUUUUGACACGUACAUCAGUAGAGAUUCAGGGGAAUCAAUAAAUGACCGCAAUGACCGAGCCGUUCGUCGAGCCGUUGGUUGGUACGGUGAACAUCUUCGAGGCCAGGUCAAUUCACACAAAUCGGGCAAGGAAGCUCCAAUGAUCAUCAUGCUCAGCGAUGACAGGGAAAACCUUCGGAAAGCUAAAGCUGAGAAGCUCGUUGCUUGCACUUUGUCCGAUUAUGUAUCCGGCCUGGAAGACGCGGAUGCCUUACUUGACUUGAUCAAUGUUUCCCGAAAUGAGCACUUGUCAAAGGGUACUGUCGCGGAGCAGAUCUAUCCAGACUAUUACUCGACAGCGAAGACCAUGACCGGAGUCAAGGCAGGAACGUUGCAUCAAGGUGUAUUUAACGUAUCUCCUUACAAUUACUUAGAAGGAACCAUACGUGUUCCCACCUUUGACAAACCUCUUCUGAUUUUAGGCCGCGAGAAUAGCAACAGGGCUGUGACGGGCGACGUGGUUGUCGUUGAAGUACUGCCAAAAGCCCAGUGGAAGUUGCCCUCUAUAAAGAUCAUUGAAGAAGAAAAUAUAAAUAAGGACGAGAACGCGGAAACAGAAGAAGGCGGGAAUGAAGGAGUUGUUACUGAAAAAGAGCGCAAGGCAUUGCAGCAGGCAGUCAAGAUAUCACAUGGUCGCAACAACGAAGGCCGUCCACAGCCAACUGCGCAAGUAGUUGGCGUCGUGAGGCGAAAUUGGCGACAGUAUGUGGGUCAUGUCGACGCAAACACAAGCGCAGGAGGUCUUCAGAAUCGAAGGCAGCAAACAGUAUUCUUCAGACCUAUGGAUAAGCGCAUACCAAAGAUCCGAUUGCGUACUAGGCAGGCCGAAACGCUGGUUGGCAAACGAAUCUUAGUGACUAUUGAUGCAUGGGAACAGGAUUCACGGUACCCUGUGGGUCACUAUGUACGAUCUUUAGGUGAUCUAGAGACCCAGGAAGCGGAGACUGAAGCCCUAUUGUUGGAGUAUGACGUUCAAUACAGGCCGUUCCCAAAAGUCGUCCUUGACUGCUUACCAGCAGAAGGUCACGAUUGGAAGGUCCCUGCUAGCCUUGAAGACCCAGGAUGGAAGGGUCGAAGAGACCUGCGGGAUCUGUUGAUAUGCAGUAUUGAUCCCAUUGGCUGUCAGGAUAUCGACGACGCGCUUCAUGCAAGAAUCCUGCCGAAUGGCAACUACGAAGUUGGAGUACAUAUUGCGGACGUCUCGCACUUCGUCAAGCCGAGUACCGCAAUGGAUGCAGAGGCGAGCCUACGGGGAACAACUGUGUACCUCGUAGAUAAACGCAUUGACAUGCUACCAAUGCUUCUUGGCACUGAUCUCUGUUCACUGAAGCCUUACGUGGAACGGUAUGCUUUUUCAGCUAUUUGGGAAGUGAUGCCAGACGCCAAAGUCGUCUCAGUGGAUUUCACCAAGUCCGUAAUCCGUUCUCGAGAGGCUUUUAGUUACGAACAAGCUCAGCUACGUAUCGAUGACGAAUCUCAACAAGAUGAUCUCACGAAAGGAAUGCGCGUCCUUCUCGCUCUCUCCAAAAAAUUCAAAGCUGCCCGUAUGGCUGCCGGAGCUCUCAAUCUCGCCUCUCCCGAAGUCCGCGUCCAAACCGACAGCGAGACCUCGGGCCCUGUGGACGUCAAGGCCAAGCAAUUACUAGACACGAACUCCCUUGUCGAAGAAUUCAUGCUCCUAGCAAACAUUUCAGUCGCUCAGAAAAUACACUCCUCCUUCCCUCAGACAGCGCUCCUACGCCGUCACGCAUCGCCCCCAGCCACAAAUUUCGAAGAUUUGUCCAACCAGCUGAAGGUAAAACGGGAUCUCAGCCUUGACGUUACAUCCUCCAAAGCUCUAGCCGAUAGUUUAGAUACCUGCGUGGACCCGAAGGAACCUUUCUUUAACACCCUGGUCCGUAUUCUCGCCACUCGCUGCAUGAUGUCUGCCGAGUACUUCUGCAGCGGAGCCCAUCCAUAUUCUGAGUAUAGACACUACGGCCUCGCUUCGGAGAUCUAUACCCAUUUCACCUCCCCAAUCCGUCGGUAUGCGGAUCUUGAAGCCCAUCGGCAACUGGCUGCUGCCAUUGGGUAUGAGGAAUUAGACCAGAGUCUCUUGAGCAAGCAUAAGCUAGAAGAAGUCUGCAGCAAUAUCAAUGUCCGGCACCGGAACGCGCAGAUGGCGGGGCGAGCGAGCAUCGAGUAUUACGUUGGUCAGGCUCUGAAAGGUCAGGUGGUCGAGGAAGAAGGAUUCGUAAUGAGAGUGUUCGAGAAUGGAUUUGUGGUUUUCGUUCCACGAUUUGGGAUCGAGGGGUUGAUUCGCUUGAGAGAUCUAGCAACUCCUGAGCCGAAGGGGGUAUUUGAUGCGGAUGAAUAUGUGCUCAGGAUUGAAGGAAGUGGCAUUGGCAAGAAGUCGUUGUUGAUUGAUUUGUUUCAAAAUUUGAAGGUCAGGAUACGAGACGUGAAAGAAGAAGGCACAGGGAAGAGAAAGGUGAAAAUGGAAUUAGUGAGUUGA